AUGCCUCAACCUGCCACCAAACAACCUACGAAGAGGGUCCCUGGGCGACCACUGUCGGUGGCCAUCCUUCCUCCAAUUGGCAAUACUGAAGCAGAGUUGAUGGCAAUGAAACUGGAGCAACUCCGACCGCAUAUGGUCGAGAGUAUUUCGUACCAGUUUGGCUCCUGCUUGGAAGAUGGAGCUCAGGCACGAGAGACGAUGACUAUGCUUCAGUAUCUUGAGGCUAUUGAUUCCGAAAAGGGACAAGAACAAGCACAGCAGAGGCAGGAGGAGCCACAGCAGUCUCAAGUGGGGGACCAGAGUGGUGACGCCCAAGAUGAGGGUCAGAGCCAGGAAGGUGGAAACGCCUCUGGAGAUGUCAAAGUGCAGAUCAACAACGACUCAGAUAAGAAACAGUCGCCUGCACUGAAACAGGGAGUCCCGCAGACACGUCCUUCUUACCGCAUCUAUGUCAAAGAGCAGAGCAAGACGGUCACCGGCAUUUUCGACAGUGUAAAACUUAUGCUACAAUUCAUUUUCAACGACGAAGAGAGCACGAGCGAGGAGUCUCUCAUGUCAUCAGCGUUUAGGAAAGAGGAAUGGCAGAAUGUGACACUCGCUCACUUGAGGAAACGUAUCAAGAAUAUGUCGCAAUUCCGCUCCUCCAAGAUUUUCUGUUACGGAGACGGGACUGCUGUGCCCGACACGAUGAAGCUGCGCAGCUAUUUAGUUAAGGAGACGCUUCGAGUGAUCUUCCUACAUUUUCCGUCAGCUUUAGGCGAACUGGCCCUAAGAAAGAACCACCAACUGCAGCCACAUCUGCCCUAG